CCGUCCGAGAGCAGAGCAGAUGUGCGGGGAGGAUGGAGGGCUCUGGGGCCACCUGCUAGCACCUCCCGGGAGCUGCGGAACCCCGCGCCCCCAGAACUUCCAGAGCGGCCUCUCGCAUCACAAAGUAGCUCCGGAGAGUUCUGUCUUUGUUUAGGCGCAGCCCGGAGAAGGAUGCGCAGUCAUGUUUAACCCACACGUGCUGGAUUCUCCAGCUGUGAUUUUCGACAAUGGCUCCGGGCUCUGCAAGGCCGGCCUGUCCGGAGAGAUCGGGCCCCGCCACAUCAUCAGCUCCAUCGUGGGGCACCUCAAGUUCAAGAUGCCCUCGGCAGGGGCCACUCAGAAGAAGUACUUUGUGGGGGAGGAGGCCCUGCACAGGCAGGAGGCCCUACACCUGCGUUACCCCAUCGAGCGGGGCCUGGUCACCAGCUGGGAGGACGUGGAGACCCUCUGCAAGCAUCUGUUUGAGUGGGAGCUGGGCGUGAAGGCCAGCGACCGGCCCGUGCUCAUGACCGAGCCCUCCCUGAACCCCAGGGAGGCCCGGGAGAAGAUGGCGGAGGUGAUGUUCGAGAAGUUCAACGUGCCCGCCUUCUACCUGUCGGACCAGGCCGUGCUGGCCCUCUACGCCUCAGCCUGCGUCACGGGCCUGGUGGUGGACAGCGGGGAUGGGGUCACCUGCACCGUGCCCAUCUUCGAGGGGUACUCCUUGCCCCACGCGGUCACCAAGCUCUACGUGGCAGGGAGGGACGUCACGGAGCACCUCAGCCGGCUGCUGCUGGCCAGCGGGCGGGCCUUCCCGUGCGUGCUGGACAAGGCCCUGGUAGACGACAUCAAGGAGAAGCUGUGCUAUGUGGCCCUGGAGCCCGAGAAGGAGCUCUCCCGGAGGCCCGAGGAGACCCAGAGGGAGUACAAGCUGCCAGACGGGAACAUCAUCCGCAUCGGGGACCAGCUGCACCAGGCGCCCGAGGCCCUGUUCGCGCCCGACCAGCUGGGGGUCCACAGCCCGGGCCUCUCGAAAAUGGUCUCCUGCAGCAUUGCCAAGUGUGACACCGACAUCCAGAAGACGCUGUUCGGGGAGAUUGUUCUGUCGGGGGGCACCACCCUGUUCCAGGGCCUCGACGACCGCCUCCUGAGGGAGCUGGAGCAGCUGGCCUCCAAAGGGACCGCCAUCAAGAUCACGGCCCCCCCGGACAGGUGGUUCUCCACAUGGAUCGGGGCCUCCAUCGUCACCUCCCUGAGCAGCUUCAAGCAGAUGUGGGUCACCUCCGCAGAUUUCAAGGAGUUUGGGAGAGCCGUGGUUCAAAGACGGUGCUUCUGAGGGGCCGUGGGCAGGGGUUGGGCGGGGGCAGUGAGCUCUCCCCUCGGCGCCAGCAGGAUGUUCAAUAAAAAACAAAACAGUGCAGCCUCUGGA